GAUGAUUAAGUUUUGAGAGGGAAGAACCUGAUUAAUUAGGACGGGCAAUAUAAUAAUACAUUCGUUUUGUGAUUUGUAAUUGUCCUGUCAAUCAAUGAGAAGUAAUCCAAAGCACGAACGCCGGUGGGCGUCCGACUCGGUCCCCGGGGGGGCGACAGUCAGCGCCGGGACUUCGCCCGGUACUGACUCCACUUCGGCUGCGGAGGAGUUUGUUGAGGUCACACUUGAUCUCCAGGAUGAUGAUACCAUCGUUCUUCGCAGCGUUGAGCCGGCCACUGCUGCCCUUAAUAUCGAAGAUGGAAUGGUCACUGGCGGAAAUGAAACUCCGGCGUCCGCCUCGAGAUCGCCGACCAUCAGAAGGAGCUCGUCCAGCAGGUUGCGGCAGUUCUCGCAGGAGUUGAAAGCAGAGGCGGUGGCCAAGGCCAGGCAAUUCUCGCAGGAGCUGAAAGCAGAGCUCCGGCGGUUCUCCUGGAGCCACAGCCAUGCAUCGCGCACUCAAUCCUCUUCCUCUGCGCAGAAUGGGAUAGCAGGAGUCGGUGGUGGAAGCGGUUUCGAAACGGCUUUGGCAGCUCGAGCACUCAGAAAGCAACGUGCUCAGCUUGAUCGAACUCGGUUAGGUGCUCACAAGGCUCUCCGUGGCCUGAAAUUUAUCAGUAGCAAAUCCAAUGGCGUCGAUGCGUGGAACGAUGUGCAGAGGAAUUUUGAUAGGCUUGCCAAGGAUGGUUUUCUCCAUCGAGCCGACUUUGCGCAAUGCAUAGGGAUGAAGGAUUCCAAAGAAUUCGCCCUGGAACUGUUCGACGCUCUCAGUCGUAGAAGAAGAAUGAAGAUUGACAAAAUCAGCAAAGACGAUCUCUACGAAUUCUGGUCGCAAAUUACCGAUCAAAGUUUUGAUUCGCGAAUGGUAGAUAAGAACGAGGAUGGUAGAAUCACCGAACACGAAGUGAAGGAGCUUUUAAGCGUUACUGUAGCGUCCAGGGUGUCUAUGUUAAGCGCUUCAGCAAAUAAGUUAUCAAGACUGAAGGCGGCAGAAGAAUAUGCAGCUCUGAUCAUGGAGGAGUUAGACCCAGAAGGACUAGGCUACAUUGAGCUGUGGCAAUUGGAGACGCUUCUGUUACAAAAGGACACUUACCUCAACUACAGCCAAGCUUUAAGCUACACGAGCCAAGCUUUGAGCCAGAAUCUACAAGGAUUAAGGAAGAAAGGUCCGUUGCGGAGGAUGAGCCGCAUGCUGCUCUACUAUUUGCAAGAGAACUGGAAGAGACUCUGGGUCUUGACACUCUGGAUUUCAAUAAUGAUUGGGCUAUUUACGUGGAAAUUUUUUCAGUACAAGCAGAAAGAUGCCUUUCAGAUCAUGGGUUACUGUCUCACCACAGCCAAAGGUGCAGCUGAGACUCUGAAGCUCAACAUGGCACUUAUACUCUUUCCAGUGUGUAGAAAUACCAUAACUUGGCUCAGGUCCACCAAACUGGCUUGUAUUGUUCCUUUUGACGACAACAUCAAUUUUCACAAGGCAAUUGCUGCGGCCAUUGUAAUUGGUGUUAUACUCCAUGUGGGCGAUCAUCUAGCCUGUGAUUUUCCAAGACUUAUAAGUACGACUGACGACAAAUACAAUCGGUAUUUGAAUGGAGUGUUCGGAUCACAUAAACCCAGUUAUGGACAUCUGGUUAGAGGGGUCGAGGGUGUGACUGGAAUAUUGAUGCUGAUUUUGAUGGCCAUCGCAUUCACGCUUGCCACCAAAUGGUUCAGGAGAAAUCACAUUAAGCUGCCCAAGCCAUUUAAUAGGCUAACGGGAUUCAAUGCAUUCUGGUAUUCACACCAUCUGUUUGUCAUUGUCUAUGUCUUGCUCAUCAUCCACGGUCAUUUUCUUUACCUCGUGAACAAACGGCUAUGGUACAAGCGAACGACGUGGAUGUAUCUUGCGGUGCCAGUUUUACUUUAUGCAGGAGAAAGAAUACUGAGAUUCUUUCGGUCUGGAUUUUAUACUGUCCGACUCAUAAAGGUUGCCAUUUAUCCCGGAAAUGUUCUCACACUGCAAAUGUCUAAGCCCCCACAAUUUCGUUACAAAAGCGGACAAUACAUGUUUGUGCAAUGUCCUGCCGUUUCUCCGUUUGAGUGGCAUCCGUUUUCUAUUACCUCGGCCCCUGGUGAUGACUACUUGAGUGUUCACAUUCGGCAACUGGGUGACUGGACGCAGGAACUUAAAAGAGUAUUUUCAGAAGCCUGUGAGCCUCCGGUAGCUGGCAAGAGUGGGCUUCUUAGGGCUGAUGAAACCACUAAGAAAAGUUUGCCGAAGCUUAAGAUAGAUGGGCCUUAUGGAGCGCCAGCACAAGAUUAUAGGAAAUAUGACGUCCUGUUACUAGUUGGUCUUGGAAUUGGAGCAACACCUUUCAUCAGCAUUCUGAAAGAUCUUCUCAAUAGCAUUAUCAAAAUGGAGGAAAUGGCGGACUCAGUCUCUGAUGUAAGUAGAGGUUCAGACCAGAGUCUUGGAAGCGCAGAUUCAAUAUCUCAUAAUAAAAUUUCUCCAAAGCGAAAGAAAACACUAAAGACUACAAAUGCGUAUUUUUACUGGGUUACGAGAGAGCAAGGUUCUUUCGAUUGGUUCAAAGGGGUCAUGAAUGAAGUAGCUGACCUUGAUCAAAGGGGUGUCAUUGAAAUGCACAACUACUUGACUAGCGUAUACGAGGAAGGGGAUGCAAGAUCGGCCCUCAUCACCAUGGUACAAGCACUAAACCACGCCAAAAAUGGAGUUGAUAUCGUUUCUGGGACUAGGGUGAGAACUCAUUUUGCUAGGCCUAACUGGAAGAAAGUUUUCUCUAAAAUAUGUUCGAAGCACUGCAAUGGACGAAUAGGGGUAUUCUACUGUGGUGCACCAGUGUUGGCCAAAGAACUGAGCCAACUCUGCUUCGAGUUCAACGAAAAAGGUUCAACAAAAUUUGAGUUCCACAAGGAACACUUUUAGGGAACAUGGUACCCAAAGCUGAGUCGUUGACAGCCACCUCAUUGCGACUGGAAUGAAACCUGUCAUUUUAGCGAAUAGGCGCGGCCAGACUAUAUAUGGCAAUGUCCAAUAAAGUAAAAGCAUUUUGUAUAUAUAAGUGAAGCUGUGUACAUAAGGGCCGGCUUGGCUUUUCAUCCUACAGGUGGCUGUCACCAGCAUAGGAGAGAGAAAUAUAUAUAUAUAUAUACACACACACACACAUACACACACACGUCGCAAGAGUGCGGUACAGCUGCGUUUGGGAUGGGACGUGGUUGAUAUUGAGAAGGGCCACAUAUAUUAUAUAUUUGCAAGAGGAAUGACAUCUAUAGUAAGUUGGACAUAGGCAGUUUUGGAAGAGAUAAGGAAGAUAGUGGGUCAAAGAAAGUGGGAUAGGGAUGCCUUUUUUUUUUUUUUUUUUAAUUCAUAGAUUAAUUUAAUUAAUUUCCUCAUUUUUCCAUCGGUGGGUUCCGGCAAUCCUUCUAGAAAUAGAAAGCAUUGAGGGGUGAACCGGUGAUUCAAGUCAGAUUCUGCUUGAAUUUCUUACCCAGGUUAGAGGAUAUAUGACAUGUAUUUGUAAAUGAGACUGAUAACUUCUUUAUUUAAUAAAACUGCAGAUAAUAACCCCUUAGCUAUGAUCAA